GCGGAGUACGGGAGAGUAAGAGCCCUUUCACAUUUGGAGUUUAUUCCUCAUGGUGUUCCCAACCUGAGUUGUGAUGGUGGUGGUCGUUGUUCAUUUCUAGGGUCAAAUGUGCUGUUUUGAUGGAUCAUUUUGAGGAGAGAAGUGGACUGAUUUUGCUUGAGGCGUGAAAGUAAACUGGAUGGAGAUGAGUCAAGUGGAAGUGGAGGAGAGCAUCAUGUCAUACCUGUCACAGAGUGAGAGUGAGACCAGCCCUAAAGACUUGAAUGUGGUGGCGAUGCUCCAUAACUUCUGGGAGCAGAGGCAGACGGCUCAGUCCAACGGUUCCUCUGAUGAAUCAGACGGUUCUGUUGGGGAAGCCGUCGUCCACACUGAGAACUUGCUGCUGUAUGAGUCUGCUCCGUCCCCCGGCCCUCCAUACGUCUGCUAUGUGACCCUGCCUGGAGGAAGCUGCUUUGGGAACUAUAAGGUGUGUGACACCCAGGCAGAGGCUCGGCGGGAUGCAGCUCGCGUGGCUCUGAUGAACUCGCUUGUGAACGAGCUGCCGUGUCGGCGCAUCAACCUUCAGUUCAUCACUCACAGUUUGCAGCAGGCGGCCACAGACAGUGCUGUCACUAUAGAGGACUCUUGUGAUACAAGCACCAGUAUAGGAACGUACAGUCUGCUGCUUCAUUCCUACAAAGGCAGGACAAUGUUGGAGUUUCAGGAGAUGAUGACAAUUUUCCAGUUGUUGCAGUGGAACCUGACACUGAAGGCUCUGAGGGACAUUCAGUGCUCUCGGCAGAGUGUAAUUUCCUAUUACUCCCAGAGAGGACUUGAUGAGUACAUGCGCAGUAGCAUGGCUCUGGAUUGGCUGGGGCGGGAGCAGAGGUCUGCGGGGCGCCUCGGGGAGGAGCUGCAGGUGGCGCAGAGGGAGCUGGUGUUGGCCAGCCGUCGAGGCAUAGAGCUGCGUUUCUACAAGGAAAAGACAGAGAUUCUCAGCUUGGCUCUGAGUCAGGCGUACAUUCACCACACGCCUGAGGCCUACAGCGAGGCGUCGAGUCACACAUACAACCAAGAAGCACUUCCUUUACACACAUUAUUCAGCCAAAACACGGACGUCCAGAUAACCCCACCCUGCAGUCCUUCACCGCCCCCAAAGAACCCAAAGAAAACAGUCUGUCACACCUCUGGCAAACACUUCAGCUCAUAACAGUCAUGCUCCGUGCUCACAGUACACUUUUGUGCCUUGAUUUUAAAAUAGAAUAAAAGUAAAGGAUGGACAUUGUUUCUGUAAUAGAGUUAAAACUCCUUCACUGGAGAUGUGACAUCGAUGUUAACAUAAGAGACUGUGAAAAACAUUGUGUUCAUUUACAGAGUAAUAAUGUUCUAACCUUACUCACACUCUUUUGUGACUAAACAACAAGAACCUUAAGCUUGAUAGGAUAUUUAAAAUCUUAAACAGAAGAAAAGCAGCAUUGAGAUUAUUUAAAGCCAUCUGCAGGAAAUGUAGUUUAUCUAUAAAAGGUGACUGUCUCUCUAAGUUUGUGUUGUAUGAUUUCCUACUUUAGCUUUUAUACUGUAUGUUCUAUAAUGUUUUUCUUUUUGCAAAGUAUAUUAUGAUUCACAUACUUAAACACAGGAGUUUUAAAAUGAUAUAUUCAACCCUGUUCUUCCUGCUUAAUUCUUUCUUUCUUUCUUCUUCUCUGCCUAGCAUAUAAUCUGGAAUGUCAUUUUCCUAAAUGGAAAUUACUUGCCAAGUCGAUACAGGAUACUGACUGACCCUGAGACAAGUUGCAUGAUGUGUUGGACUUAUGCUAUGAGACGGCGAGUCAGUUACAGUUAUAAAUGUAACACAAUGAUUUUGUGUUGGAUGGCUGGUCAUGUCAGCUGGUGAUAUAAUUAUAAGAACUAGCACUUGAUUAUCUUUGGUUGGAUUGGUUGGUGAAAAGGAAAGCAUU